AUGAGGAUCUUCAACCUGCUCUACCUGCUCACCUUGUGCCUGGUUUUACUCGUGACUGUAGUAGACCCAGUCUCCUCCGCCAGGCCAGAUUUCAUGAACCUGAGGAGAAAGUACCACAGGCACUUUUGCCUGCACAGACGAUGCCUGCCUCUCCACUCCAGGGUCCCCUUCCCCUGACCUGCAGCAAAUAUGUAGUCCAAACAUCACUGGUGGGAUCCCAUUAAGCCAAGGACAACCAAGAGGGGAACCAUGGCCUGACGCGAACGCCCCAAGAGACAAUCGUGUUUUGUCCCCGCACCUUGUCUUCCUCUUCAAUGAACCAAAAAUCAGAGGAGGAAGUGGAAGUCCGAAGGAACAACAACAACCAAAAAGUCUUAUUAAAAAAGCUGCGGACCCAAAGAGU